GCCGAUUCAAACGCUGGCAGGCGCACAGUUCAGUUUCACAGAGAGGUGCCGGAAAGCAGAAAGGAAAGAUCACCGAAAAAUCUGUGCGCGUUGUUAUCAGUGACGUGUAAAUAUACAGUUCGUUUCUGCUUACGGCGACUCGCAGGAUUUGCAGCUAUUUGUCCAACCGGAAUGGAUAACCUCGUUCAGAAUCGGGGGCGAAAGCCCGCCACCGUGGUAAAACGCCAAGGCGAAUCAAAAUCCUAUCGGGUGCACAUCGCUCUGGGAUUGUUUCUGGUGAUGCUGUGGUUGUCUUUCCCGACGCUUUGUUCCGGCCAUUAUGAGCACGAUCAUCAUCAUGACCACCAUCACGGCCACGAUGAAAACCCGAGCUUCAAGUACUCGAGACAAGCUAAUGAAAUGUAUGAAGAGGCCAGUCAUGAUCAUCAUCAUCACCACCAUGAUCACGAUCAUGGACACCAUCAUGAUGAUCAUGAUCACCAUCACCACCAUCAUCAUCAUGAUCAUCAGGAAGUGCCGAAAUCGAAGGAUAAACCCCAAGUCGAUACCUUCUACAUCUGGGUUCAUUCGCUGGGGUCUACCCUGCUGAUCAGCGCCGCACCGUUCUUCAUUCUCUUUGCCAUCCCGCUCGAUAACACGGAAGAGAUGCAACCUCGGUUGAAGACUUUGUUGGCCUUUGCCUCCGGAGGGUUGCUGGGUGAUGCUUUCCUCCAUCUGAUUCCACAUGCCAUCCAGCCGCACUCGCACGGCGAUGAUGGCCACGGGCACAGUCAUGGUCACGGUCACAGUCAUGGCCAUGGUCAUGAAGGUGAGGAUGGCCACAGCCACGAUAUGCGCGUAGGGCUUUGGGUCUUGGCUGGCAUCAUUGUGUUCUUGGCGGUGGAGAAGGCGGUUCGAUUAAUCAAGAAGGAUGCCGGCGGACACGGACAUAGUCACGGAGGACAUUCCAAGAAGGAGAAGUCGUCGCCACCAACUUCGCCGUCGAAGAAAGAGAACAACAAAGUUUCCGACAAGAACGACAAGAAAAAAGUGGAAGCCGAAGCUGCCAAGGCCAAGGGCAAAGCCGUCAAGAAGGAACACAAGAAAGAUCAAAUCAAAAUAGCCGGUUAUCUGAACCUGGCUGCGGAUUUCACCCAUAACUUCACCGAUGGCCUUGCGAUCGGGGCUUCGUACUUGGCCGGAAACAGUAUCGGUAUCAUCACUACCAUUACCAUCCUGCUGCACGAAGUUCCCCACGAGAUUGGAGAUUUUGCCAUCUUGGUCAAAUCCGGAUGCUCCAAAAAGAAAGCCAUGCUGCUGCAGUUGACUACGGCUAUCGGUGCCCUGGCCGGUACGGUCUUAGCCUUAUUGGGCAGCGGAAGCGACGCUGCCGAAUCUUGGGUGCUUCCGUUUACUGCCGGUGGAUUCAUCUACAUUGCCACCGUGUCCGUCAUUCCGGAACUGCUCGAGGAAUCGACCAAGCUGUGGCAAUCGCUGAAGGAAAUCACCGCCCUGUUGGCCGGUGUCGGAAUGAUGGUAAUUAUUGCAAAGUUUGAGUAAUAUGUCCACCUUCCUCGAACUCUCUGUCUGCGUGUCACUUAAACUAAAGUGUGAUGUCAUUCGUGUUUGGCGGGAAGCCUCGUGUUUGAGAAAAUUGCAAAAGGAUUUCUUAAGUACGUCUCAAGUAAUAAAGUAAUAAUUGCUUGACACAAUGUGAUCAAUUUCGAGCGUUUAACGUUAAACUAAAUUGAACUAAACUAAUUAAAUCGGAGAACAAUACCGCAUAAAUAGGGAAACAAAUUGGAAACCUAUCCCCAUAAGUUAUGUUUAAGAUAAUCUACUAGAGAGCAAUAAAUAAUUUAUCCACAUCGUACAACAAAGCGCACCAUUGACUUGUGAUCUCAUCCGAUGACCUUUCUCAAACACGUGGCCACGCAAUUGGUACAGGCUAUGGCGUCUCUCUUCCCUUGUCUGUGAAUGUUUGGCCCGGUACCUUAUCUAGUUUGGUUCAAUUUGAAGAGGAGCAGAUAGAUAGGUAGUUGUAAAAAAAUGUAUUGCCUUUAUCUAGAUCACGAUAACUGACUCCCUUAUCGCAUACGACUGUCUUCUAUUACUAAUUUUCUGAUUCUCUAAUGUUCCACCACUUACUAAAUCAAAAAUACCUAAAAGGUAUUCGUUAUAACUGUAUUAUUACUCGUUAAACUCAUAGGGGACAUGCCUGAAAGCCAUAGAAGAAACGAUUGAACGCUGAGUGUAAAAUCGCCGUUUGUGCUAGUGCAAUAUGUUGAUUUUAAUCUGAUUGUUCUGUUUGUUUAAUGUUUAGGAAAAAAAGAAGUAAAAAUAUGUUAAUAUUUUAUUAAAGUGGAGAAUAAAGUUAAGGAAAUAUGUCCUACUAAA